AUGACGCGUGCUGGUGAAAAUCGCCCGGGAAGGCAGCCGGCGGGGCGUUUGGAUCGACCUUUCGUCGGCAAUCACCAACCAAAGCGAGCCUCUCUCCAAAUCCAUCUACCCACUUUUUUUCUGUUUCUUUUCUUUUUUUUUUCAUUCUUUCUUUCUUACGUUCUUUCUUUCUGUCUUUUGGUUUACUUCGAUUCCCCAAGGAUUUUCUUUCUUUCUUUUCUUUGUUCUUUUAUUUCAGUGACCCUACGGAUAUUUUCUAAUUACUCUAUGAUUUUCUUUCUUUCUUUCUUUUGUUUCAGUUACUCAAUGAUUUUCUUUCUUUCUUUCUUUUGUUUCAGUUACUCAAUGAUUUUCUUUCUUUCUUUCUUUUGUUUCAGUUACUCAAUGAUUUUCUUUGAUUUUUUUUUUUUUUUUCUUUCUUUUUUCAGUUACUCUUUUUAUUUCUUUCUUUCUUUUUGUUUCAGUUACUCAAUGAUUUUCUUUCUUUCUUUCUUUUGUUUCAGUUACUCUAUGAUUUUCUUUUUUUUCUUUCUUUCUUUUUCACUUUUAUUUCAGUUACUCUAUGAUUUUCUUUUUUCUUUCUUUCUUUCUUACUUUCUUUUAUUUCAGUUACUCUAUGAUUUUCUUUUUUCUUUCUUUCUUUUGUUUCAGUUACACUAUGAAUUUCUUUCUUUCCUUCGUUUUUUCUUUACACUUUACAUCAUUAAUUUUCUUUCUUUCUUUCUUUCUUUCUUCUUUUCUUUCAACUUAGUUACCAGUGAUUUUUUUUAUUCUUCUCAUUACCACAUCAUUUUCUUUCUUCUUAAUUUAUUUUUCUUCAGAUACCUAGGAUUUUAUUUCUAUCGGUUAUUUCUUCAGUUAUAUAUGAUUUUCUUUCUUUCUUUCUUUUUUCUUCAAUUUCUUUCUUUCUUUUGCUUCAAUUACACAAUGAUUUUAUUGCUUUCUUUUUAUUUUUUAACCUAUGAUUUUCUUUCUUUCUUUCUUUCUUUUUUUUGUCUUUCUGUCAUUUUCAUUGGUUGUUCUAUGAUCUUUUUUCUUCCGUUUUCUUUUUCAUUUACCCUAUAUUUCUUUCUUUGUCUUCAUUUUCCCUAUGCUUUUGGUGCUAUCUUUCAUUUUUCUGUUUUUCUUUUUUUCUUUCUUUUUCUUCAGUCAACCUAUGAUUUCUUUCUUUCUUUUUCUUCAUCAACCAAUGAUUUUCUAUCUUCCUUUCUUUUUCUUCAAUCAACCAAUGAUUUUCUUUCUUUCUUUAUCUUCAGUCAACCUGUGACUUCCCUUCUUUUUCUUCAGUCAGCCUAUGAUUUUCAUUCUUUCAUAUUUUUCAGUCAACCAAUGAUUUCCUUUCUUUCUUUUUCUUCAAUUUUUUUUUUUUUUCUUUUUUUUUCUUUUUUUUUUUCUUUCUUUUUUCUUUUUCUUCAAUCAACCAAUGAUUUUCUUUCUUUCUUUUUCUUCAAUCAACCAAUAAUUUUCUUUUUUUUCUUCAGUCAACCUAUGAUUUUCUUUCUUUUUUUUUCAGUCAACCAAUGA